AUGUCACAAAAUCAAAGCCCUGCGAACUCCACCAAGACUCCAGACCACGAUUUAACCGCCGAGUUGCAGUCUCCUUUGACCUACGUGGAUCGCCUUCUUCAAAACAAUCAACAGAAUCAAGAUCAAAGUUCCGGCGCAAAUGACUUGGUUAUGGUCAUGCUCGACUCCCUGACGGACUACAUCGUGGAGAUGGUGGGCAUGGAGGUCAACAACCAACGUGCGGCAAGUGCUGCAAGUGCUCCAAGUGCGCCAAGUGUGCGGAGCGCGCCGACUGCCCAGCCAGAGGCGGAGAGGGCAGCCAACAGCCAUGAAGUGCCGCCGCGCUACCGUGAUGCAGCCUUCACUCUGUUCGACCCAAAGCGUGCAUCUAGAAGAGGCUGA